AUGUUUAGAUCACUAAUUACCCUUCCCCGGUUUCACCCCGCAGGACAUGUGCACCUGUGGGCAUCAGCAGAAUAUGACAGUUGGCGUAUCUUGCUGGUGCCCACAGGACCUGUGGAUUUCAAAUUCCAGCAGUGUGCAACUGCUGACCAAUUCGUCCGCAGUUGCACACUGCUGGAAUUUGGAUAUCAAAUUGGCAUUAAUGCAAGCAUGGGUGCAGCUGCUGUGCAAUGUUCAACAUCUUCACUCGCGCUGGCUUUUGUUAGCCGCCGUUAUGACUUCGUCAUUCAUGAGCCAGAACAAGUGGAGAAACUCUUGGAAAGCCAGCCGGCGGUGAAGAAGGAUAGGGCAGGGGAGCUUGCCCUGGCGAAUUCGUUUUUGGGCCUGCCUGGACGAGGAGUUGUCUCCCGGCUCGGGGUGCAGGGCCGGCUCAAAAACCGGGUCUCCGAGUUGGCUGCCGCUGCUCCGUCCAACACUGGCAUGUGUUUUCUAGAACACAUCCCAGGUGCUGAUCUGAACAAUGACGAGCUGAGAGCCUGCAUGAGAUGGCGCUCCUACUGUCGAUUUCGAAUGCAGGAGUCGGGUCAGACCACAACCCUGGCCAGCAAGUGUUCCCUGCAGCGUGUUGGAGGGAACGGCACGUCCAACCAUAGGGUGACCCAUCCUAUGGUUGAACGUGCCGUUCCCUCCACACUGGCAGCAAGUAGUUCCCUGCAGCAGUGGCAGGCGUCUCGGUCGACUGAGACGCCUGCCACUGCUGGAGGGAACAGCAUCCGUUCAAAUUCCAUCAUGGGUGAAGUUGCUAUGGACAAGACCUUGCAAAGCGAAUCGCUCGACGAGAUUUUGCGGAGCAGCUGCACCCAUGCUGAGAUUUCAAUGAAACGGCGGCAGCCACUGCAGGCGGAACCGUUGUCUCAACAGUUCCACCUGCAGUGGCAGCCACAGGUCCUGAGUUGUGCAGUUACUGAAGAACUGGGUGGCAGCGCUUUCUCCACGCGGCUGUUGCCGCGCCUUGCCUUGCGUCACAUGGAAAUGUGGAAUGAAAGGCCACUGGCCGCUUCAGGCUACAGCUUGGAGAAAGCUUUCCCUGAAAGCGAAGUUCUCAAGGAAACGGAUCUCACCGGAGUGGUGAUCGCCCCCAAAUGCCGCAUAGGCUUGUUGGACUUGCAAGAAGGCAAGGGCAAGAGCUGGCAUGCGUCGUCGAAAGAUGGCCAAUCGGAGCACUACGCAGAAGCUGCGGGACGAGGCCGUGAACUUGUGCCACGUCAUGAUCGCCUGCACCCUGAUGGUUGGAAGUUGGGCAAAGGAGCUCACAUGGAAGACCCACUUUGGGAAGCAUGGGCGGUGUUGCAGCCCCGACACCACACGCGCCGUUGUGAGGCUGGCGCAGAUUGUUUGGAGAUCUUUGCGGGCGAGGCCAGGAUUUCUGGCGCUUAUGCCCGUCAUCGACGAGCAGUGCUACAACCAAGGGACGUGCGCUACAACCAUGACUUGCGCCGCCAACAAGAUCAAGAUGAAGUGGUGGAGGAAGUGAUUUCACAGCGACCAAAGCUGGUAUGGAUGGCACCACCAUGUACGUACUGGUGCAAAUUCUCCCAUUUGAACUACAACCGUCAGGAGCUGAAACGGCUCCGCAAGCGAGAAGCCGCACUGGUCAGGUUCACUGGUCGGAUUUUUGAACUACAACACAGUCUUGGGGGCAUUGCAGUCAUUGAGAACCCCAGGAGCAGUGACCUGUGGCGGCAUCCUGAGCUCCAACGUUUCUUGGGGCAAGUGGCAUGUUUUGCCGAUGUGGAUCUAUGCCAGUUUGGACUGAAGAGCCUUCAAGAUGGGCGGCCUCUUCGGAAACCACUUGCUUUGCUGACCAACGACCAGGCCUUCGCCGACGGCAUCACUCAAAAGUGUGUGGGAGGUGAACAUGAACACCGGCCAAUCCAGGGCCGUGACACAGCCUGGACAGCAGUUUACCCAACUGCUUUUGCCAACGCGGUUUUGCGUGAGGCAGAACGAGCAUGGAACAACCCCAAAGAGCUCCAUGUGCAGUUCCCCACGGACUUGGUGCAAGCUGAGGAUGCCAAUGAUGAGCAGGAGGUUGCGGCUGGCAGCCAUGACUGGGAGCAAGAUGCCAUUGGAGCCGCAGGGAUCUCCUUCAAGGGCAAGGUCAAUCCCCAGGUGGGUUCGGUUUUGAAACGGAUCCACCAGAAUCUUGGACACCCGCCGAAUCGUGACCUGGUCCGACAUUUGCGGCUGGGUGGAGCACCCGAGAAGCUCAUCAGAGCAGCAGAGCAGUUGGUUUGUCGCACAUGCGAAAGAAGCACGAGGCCUCAAUCUUCAAGGGUGGCUCACCCGUGUGUGGCGCUGGACUUCAAUGAAGCCAUUGCAGCGGAUGUCAUUUGGUUGGACACUGCCACCAGCCGGAAUCAUCCGGCACUCAACAUUGUCGACAUUGCCUCUACUUACCAAGUGGUGGUGCCAGUGAGUAGCACAAAAUCUGAGGAAUUGGCACGUGCCAUGUUGGAGGGGUGGAUCAACUGGGCUGGCGCACCAAAACACUUGCUGGUGGAUCUUGACUCUGGCUUCAGGGACCAGUUCCUCAAGCUCAUGGACAGCCGCUCAAUCAUUGUGCGGUGUGCGGCUGGUCAAGCACAUUGGCAAAAUGGUGUAUGUGAAAGACACGGCGCUACAUGGAAGUCAAUUUGGAGCAAAUUGGUGGAUGAGCUCACCGUGGUGGAAGAAGAGUUUGCUGAAGCAGUAGCAUGCACCAGUGAUGCCAAGAACCAGCUGCGCAACAAGUCUGGAUAUUCACCUCGCCAGUGGGUCUUUGGAACCCAAAUGAAGAUGACUGGCGACCUUUUCGAUAGCCACCUUGGCCCUGAGGAGUUCGACAAUAUCACAGCCGAUGAGAAAGUCAGCCGCUCACAUGCCAUACGACUUGGUGCACGAGCUGCCUUCUUCAGCUGUCAGACCAAGGACGCUUUGCAACGCGCUGUUCAGCACAAAACCAGAGUUGAGAAGACCGAGUAUGCAGCAGGUGAGCUGGUCUACAUCUUCCGUGAACUACGUCAGCGGAAGGGCAAGAAAAGUGGCAGUGCGUGGAUCGGGCCCGGCACAAUCAUCGGGCGAGAAGGGCACAACUAUUGGGUGGCGAGAGGUGGACGUUGUCUUUUGGCCGCCCCAGAGCAUUUGAGGACAGCCCAUCAUGAGGAGAUUUCUGAGAUGAUCAGACUCAAGACCUCCAUUGCAGAGCUGCGCAAGGUGAUUGACCAAGCUGAUGAUGACCUCAUAGACCAAGAUUAUCAUGAGGAUGAGGUCCAACAUGGGCCAGAGCUCCCGGCCGAUAUGGAUUGGGAACAACAGCCGCCUGACUUGAAGGAACAAUCGGACAUGGAGGUGGAUCAGACAGCCACGCCAGAGCAGGUGGAAGAGAACCGCACCGUCAUAGGGUGCCUUUCCUGGCUAGCCAAACAGACCCGGCCAGACAUUCAGUUUUCAGUUUGCCAAGCACAACGGAAGCAGCGGAAUCCAGAUGUUCGAGCGCUGAAGGAGACCAACAAAGUGGUGGCAGACGCUCUCGGUUUUCCAGAAUCUGGUAUCACUUUGAGGAAGUUGCCCAAUGACCGAUUGUGCUUUCUGGCUUACCAUGAUGCUGCGUGGGCCAAUGCGACUCCGGACGACGCGGAACCCCAUGAUGAUGCUUGGUUGGGCGGACAUCAAGUGGCCUCUCAACUUGGCUCCCUCAUUCUGUUGGCAGAUACCAAAUGCCUAGGAGCUGAAGGAGGCACUUUCAGCAUGAUCGACUGGAAGAGCAAAGCAUCUCACCGUGUGUGCCGCUUUACUUUUGCGGGUGAGACAAUGGCCUGCAGUGAAGCGCUUGAGGGAGCGCUCUUUUUGAGGGGGCUCUACAUUUCCUUUGUGACUGGAGCCCGUGUUCCGGAUAGUCAAGGUGGGGCACACUUUGACUUGCAUCUUGUCACUGAUUGCCGAAGCCUGUACGACCACAUCCACAGAGAAGGAAUUCCCCGUGCACCGAGUGAAAAGAGGUUAGCCAUAGACCUAGCCGGUCUGAGGCAGGCGCUAAUGAAAGAGGCAGAGUAUCAAUGGCGCCGCGAGAACGGGGAACAUUUUCAUCCUACUCCUGAGAGAGGUAGCGACGCACGAGUGUUGAAAGGCAUGGUCGCCGUGUGGACGGUUGAUGGAAACCAUGGUUCUGGCUGCAGAUUUGGCAUCGCACGCUGCAGAGAGAUCUGCAUUCAGGAAGGUUUUGCCGGUUUCGCCAUUCAGAACGGUGUGGCGCGUUUCCGUUCAGCGGCGGCUGCGGUGUUGCGGGAGCGGAUGGUGGUCUCGCACCUUGGGAUGAUGGUGGUGUUCUACAUCCUCACGACACGGGAGGUCGGUGUUGUGAUGGUCGUUGUUGAAGGGGACACCAAGCACCCGGCGGAGCCCGGCGUCGCGGCCAUGGAGAGCUUCGAAGAACUGCUGGAUGCCUCGUGGUGCUCCUUCCGCAGGAAGCUCUUGGAGGCAUACGAACGCAGUUGCGUCCCGGAACAGGAAGUAUCAAUGCGGGCCACGCCAGCAACAUUACUCGAGUCCACAACAUCCACAGUACGCGAGCCCUUCUGCCACCCAAGUCUAGAUACGCCCAAGUUACUCUCAAUUAGGCCUGUGGUGCCCUUCGACACGGAGGAGCCGCAAGCGCAAGUGCCGGAGACGACGAUCGCCACUUGGGAGGCCUCGCCCGAUGAAGAGAUGCAGAAGGAAGAGUCUGGUCUCCUAGGAAUGCUAUGGUCCUCUAGAGCAAGAAACGCCGAAAACACUGACCCCAACAGAACUAAUUUUGCAUUUCAGCUGUGGGCAUGGCUACAGAUCCUGGAGUGGCCCGAUCACUCUGUACACUCACAGGAACCUUUCGCCUGGGGCAUCGCGAAAAUCAAAGAAGGAAGAGCGCUGAACGCAGGAGUUCCAACAAGUCCCGGAAAAGCCGAAGGAGACGCGCUGCCGCGCUACGCUGGACAUGUGACAAAGGUGACCCCCUUAGCCUCGCAGCGAGUGCGCAUGCGCUUGGGCUCCUCUGCCUAUGCGGAGGUCUUGACGGCUGAGAGUUUGCACAACGCAUUAGAAGAGCUUGGACUGAAUUUCACCCAGGAAGAUAUCAAGUUGCUGGUAAACCAGCUGGCGGACUACAUCGACCUGAAAUUCGUCAAGGACCCGGAGCAGGAUCAGACGGCCGGAAUCGAUGUGGACCGUGACCAAGCUGUCUGGGAAUUUCCGGAGGUCAAGAACCCAUCAGUCCGAAGGAGUUGGGCCAUGGAUUUCGAACCCAAACGAGACUGGAAUGUUUGCCCCACCGAUGCUUUGGUGAAUCUGUUGACGGAUCCCGAAGUGCAUCUCUCGAAGCGAAUCUUCGGUCCGAAGACGCGGAAACAGUUCGACACGAUCCGUGAGCAUCUCCAACGAUGGGAUCCCAACGAUUUGGUACACGAGAUCACACAGGCGAAGGCUGCCAACCUGGACAUCAGUGAAGGCUCCAACACAUGGGGCUUGGAUAUGCUGAGCUCCACGGAGGCGCAGGCCAUCCGGCAGCGCUUGCGCGUGCGCCUGGGGGCGGCGGUGACCUCGGAAAGGAAUGAUCUGGUGAAUUCCAUCGCAGACUUCAUUGAUCUUCACUUUGAGGUGAAACCAACUGGUGCUGAUUUUCGUCGUAGCAAUUCGCCCAUGGCGGUCUUCAAUUUCGGGGAAGAAGAUGAAACCAACGGGUUUGGACCUCCGAUUUGGGCUUGGCCUGAACGCACCUCGGGCAACGUGUCGCAAGCCCAAAGUGUUUCCGUCUCCCCAGCUGCCUUUGAGAGUCGAAUGUCCUAUGAGGGCAACCCUCAGCGAAACUACAACGUGGUGCCCUUGCCCGCCCUGAUGGAUCUCUUCAUGAUCCCCGACUACGAAGUGCACCGCAAGAUGUUCAGCUCGCGACUGCUGACGCAGUUCGAGGCGAUGAGGGAGAUCCUUCUGGCCGGUGACACUAAUCGCUUGGUCGCCGAACUGACCUUUGUGCGAAUCAAUGACUUGGCAGCUCCCCCAGAACGGAUGGGUGUCCUGCUAUUUAUGGAGCCUUUUGUGGCUCUGCUGAUCAUCGCCAAUGGUAUCAUGAUUGGCUUUCAGACACAUCCAAACUUUGAAGAUUGGGAUGGAUGGCCCUGGUUGGAGGUGAUGUUUGUCAUUGCUUUGGUCCUCGAGAACGUGCUUCGCAUUCGCCUCCUAGGUUUACGCCUGUUCUUCUGUGGCAACGACCGAAUCUUCAACUGGUUUGACUUCUUUUUAUCCCUCACCGGAUUAGCUGACCUGCUCAUUUCUCACCUCAGUGAGGAAUCCGACAUGUUCGGCGUGUCCUUGCUACGCUUCUGUCGCCUGAUUCGCCUGGUUCGGGUGGUGAAAGUCUUCCGACUGAGGUGCAUGAAGGAACUGCGUUUGAUGGUGAAAGGAUUGGUGGCUGGCUUUCGCACCCUCUGUCUGUCCUUCGUUCUGCUCAUUGCUGUGCUCUACGUCAUCUCCGGCUUCGCCACCAUGACCAUUGGUAGUGACCAACGGACCUCCGAUCUGGGACUGUUGAUCCACUUCGAGACCAUUCCACAGGCGAUGUUCACGGCCUUCCUCUGUUUCUCCGGAGAGUGCAUUGAUCGUUCAGGGCGGCCUAUCCAUACCUUGAUCGCCAAUGAGUUUGGUAUUCCUUUCGUCAUGUGCUACGUGGUGAGCUAUAUGUUGGUAUCGAUGGGUAUUUUCAACGUGAUCUUGGCUGUUUAUGUUGACAUCACAAUGAAAGCUGCCAAGGAGAACGAUGCCAUGACGGCCGAGCAACAUGCACGUGAGUCUAUUCGGAUUGCCCGUACCACUCGCGAGCUGUUGAAAAAGUUUGCUGCAGCAUAUCGCCUCUACCAAGACAUGGACAACAUCGAAACUCCAACGCGGGACGUGGGUAGGCUCCCUGGUGCAAAAAGCAUCACUUCCAGCACUACUCUUGCAAUCACAGCAAAGGACAAAAUGCCGCAAUUGGACUUCAACAAUGGCGCAGCUCCCUUCACGGACAACGACAUUCAUGCUAAAAUCGUGUCCCGGCAGCCCAAAGAGAAGACACUUGACCGAUGUGUGCAACGACUCAUGGACGAAUUAGACUUGCCUCCGGACCGCGCCAACCUUUUUGAGGCCAUCGAUGCCGAUGGCAGCGGCACUCUGCAUGUGACCGAAUUGGUACAGGGCCUGCUGCAAAUUCGUGGAGAAGUGAAGAAAAGUGAUGCGGUGGCCACAUUGCCCCUGGGAUAA